GUCUUCUCUAAAAAAAGUAGAAUAAGGAGUAGUGUUUUUUUUUUUUGUUGUUGUUCACUAUAGUAAAUAUUAUAUAUUCACCAAAAUAUGAUGAAAACAAGUUCAAAUCAACAACAGCAACAACAAGAACAACAACAACAACCAAAAGAAGGAGCAACACCAUCUGUAGUAGAUGCUUUUAUUUCAGCAUUAUUUGCUUCCAAUCCUUCAAACGACGACGACUCAAAACUAAAUGAAAAAACCAAAGAUAUUCCGAAUAAUAAUAAUAACAGUUUUGAUACUAAACCUAUCAAUACAGAAGAAAGGUUAAAAGUAGAUUAUCAAUAUGCCGCAGCAAAUAAUAAUCAACAAAUACCAACCAAACGUGAAAGAAGUAUUACGGAAGAAGUGGAAGCUUAUGACCAAUUGAGGAAAAAAAUAAGCAUUGGAAAAAACCAAGAUCAUCAUAUUAGAGAAAUAGGAGAUAAUAAUAAUAAUAUUAAUAAUAAUCAUGAUGAUGAUGAUGAUGUGAGACCAAGUCAUUCUAAUAAUACAGCUCGUGUAUUAGUUUUGGAACCUGUUGAUUGGAAUCAUAUGAUAGCUGAAUGUCGUAUGUUAGUCAGACAUGUACCUUCUCAAGUCACCAAUAGAGAUUUAUAUGAUCAUUUUAUUCGAUAUGGUACUAUUAUGGAAGUAGUCAUCAAAAACUCUAGAGGUUUUGUCCAUUUUAAACAACUUGAAGCUUGUCAAAAUGCUGUGAAAUUUGAAAAUGGUAAAUCAUUCAAAGGUCAUAUAUUAGAAUUGGAAGUAUGUCGACAAAAACCUCAUAUUGCUCGUGGAAAACGUGAAGGUCCUCGUGAUACUUCUUAUCAACAAAAAUAUCGAUUUAACCAACAUGGACAACGAAUGGAAAUGAAUCAAACUAAUAAACAAUUAUUAUCAACAACAACAACAACAACAACAACAGGAAAGGUACAUCUUAUAGUAUGGGACCAACCUAUUUAUGAUUACGCCAAUAAUAUCAAACGACUAUUUGAAGAAGCUUCUAUUGAUAUGGAUAUAUCUGCAAUGAAAAAUCGAUCUAUUAUAAACUAUUCUCAACUUUUGAGUAUAAAGGCCAAACAAGGUGUUAAGGUACUAUUGGAAAUGGACCCAAGUCAUGAAACAAAACAAACUAUUGAUUUACAUAUACUUGAUCAAGGUCAAGAUUCAGUACGAUUUGAACGUUAUGAUUCUAUCUCUCUUUCUGAUGCUAUCAAACUUACCAAAAAAGCAUUAAAUUCAAAUAAUGAUACUUCUUCACCUCCUCCUCCUUCUUCAUCAUCAUCAAUUUCACCUAUCUUGAGUCAUCCUCCAUUGGUUCUUCCUCCUUCCCAACAACAACAACAUAAUAUUCAACAUCAUGGUAUUGGAGAUUUGACAAAUACUCUUCAAUUAUUAGAUACGGAUACAUUGGCAGCUAUUUAUGAUUUAGUACACGUACAUUUGGAAGCGGCUAUUCAAUCUAUAACGAAUUCUAAUAGUCAUCCUUCAUUAUACUCAAAUCAACAAUCAUUAUACCCAACUUAUCCACAACAACAACAACCUGUUUAUUCUCCAUCUCUUCCUCAUUCUUCAAAUAUCAAUCAUUUUAUACAAUCUACCCCUACUAGUUCUAUUCCUUCAUCUUCUAUAAGUACUCAACAACUUUAUACAAUUUUAUCCUCAUUGAAUAAAUAAAUAAAUAAUGAUUAUAUCUAUUGUAC